AUGUGGAAGACAAUUGCCUUACACAAGGAUGUCUAUGACGAAUGGAUGGCUUUGCGAAAAACCCACAACUUCAAAGAAAACUCUAAUUUCGCUGAAUUUCUUUUGCAGUGCACGAGAAAUACAAAUAUGGUAGCUACAUCGACAAAUGCGCAGUCUGAAAUUUCAUCGAUCGUAGAUACAACAAACCAGCUUGGAAAUACCAGUGAAAGGUAUUUGAUUUGGUUUAAUUUUAGUCGUUGUGCCAUUUUAGCGGAAAUAUGUAUUCGAGCUAUAACUAUAAAGUGUUGUGAAUACUAUGAAGUUUGAAUAAAUAUUUUGUGAUCCUUUUGUUUCAGGAUCAAUACCCCAUUGUCCUGUAUAGUGGGUCCUCCUGGAUCAUCAUCUACUCCUCGCAAUACCAGAGCCAAAACCCGCCUCUUUGGUAUGUAUUUUGUUUCUUAAAUUUUAACCUAUUAAGCUGCAGAGCUUACCCAUUGACAAGUAAAAUCAUCCUAGGCAAGUAAGAGAAAUAGGUAGGGCACCCUGUGGUGCAUUGCAGCUCAUUGGGUUAACUAGAGACAUUGUCAGAUUUUUUGGCUAACCCUUUAAGCUACAAAGCUUCCCCAUUGACAUGUAAAAUCAUCUGGUGUUUUGCACUUGUCAAUUGUACCCCCCCCCCCCCACCUUGGGGAAGGGUGGGGACAAUGGGACAUGAGGUGUGUUUUCCCUCCUUUGACUCUCAGUUAUGCCCGACUAGGUGGGAGAUUUUCCUAUUAUGUAUCCCCAACCUUGCUAUUGUAGGGCAUUAUGUGGGAAUGCAUACAGCCGACUUGCAGGCUAAGAAUCUUUUGUUUGCAUAUAAAAGUUUUAUAUUCUGUAUGUUUCACUUUAUAGUGAUAAAAUAGUUUAUUACCAUACAUGUUCAGUAGUGAAUUGUAGUAGAGAUGUAGUAGCCAUGUACAUCACUGACCCACUUUUAUUUUGAAAAUAAAAAUCUUUGUCCAGUAAAACAUGCCCCUAUUGGUUGGGAGAUUAGACAAGAUUAGUCAGGUCAGCCUGCCUCAGGAAGUGGGGCAGUAGUUAAGUAUGGAUAUAUUAAAAAUCUAUGUCCCCACAUUUUCCCACUUGAGAUUGUGGGGUGGGGGUUACAAUUGACAAGUGCAUUAGACAAUUGAAAAAAAAUAACCCAUUACAUGGCAAUGUGCCUGGGUGUGCCCUACAGUCCUUUGUAUUUUUCUCUGUCCAACACCAGACAAUGUUACAUAAUUUGUGUUAAGUUAAAAUGAACAUGAAUUGCUUAUAAUAUACAGCAUAUAAUGUACAUUUUAUGUUUUAGAUCUAACUGAAUCGUCAACAAUCGUUGAACAUCAUGUAAACAUACCAACAAAUGAGAAAGUUUUUAUUGACUCUGUCAUUAGAAACACAUCAAUUGCUAUGCAGUCUCAUCCAGUAGACAGUGAUGAUGACAGUGAGAAAGAAGAUUCUCUACAUGACGAUGACAGUGCAGAUGAGAGUGGCGAUGAUGUUCAUUGCGAGUCAGAUGCUGAUGUCAGUUCCCAUGAUGGCGACAGUGACAGGGAUCCUUCAUUUUAUCUAUUCCCAGAUUUUGAUCGGCUUGACAUUAGUUGCAGUAAAGAUUCUAUUGAUCAUGAACUGGGUGCUGUUGACACAACACAGAUUGGUCCAAUUGAUAUGGAAAUUAGUAGUACAAUUGAUGAUUUAGGUUCCAUUGAAUGUAAUGUACCUGUGCUCCAACCUGAGUUAGUGGAGGGAAACAGUCCUACAAUCAGACUUCUUCCUGCUGGUUAUGAGAAUGAAAAAGCUAUGAAUCUGAAAGAGGAACUUUCUUUAGUAAAUGAAACAAAGUUCAUUUGUAGCAUGUCAAGCAUUCGGGAAUUGUUCUCAUAUAUGGCACAAAAGUAA